GGAAAUGUAUUUUGAUCUCCUCUAAAUGACCUUUUGCAAAAAUAUAAAAGACUACAACUCCCUGUGUUCUGUGCGAUAUUCCUAUUGCGCUACAAAAUUAUGUCCGUCUCUCACCUGGGAACGUUGUCUACGUAUAGAAUUCAAAACAAUUGUGAUUCCACAUUUUUUGUAAAUUGUACAACUUUUCUAUUGAUUCAUUAUAUUUUUUGUGUAUCGUAAUUUUGAAGCAAAAUUGAAUCGAAGUAUAUUAUUAUUUCUGGGAUAAAUGCGUGUCGUAUAGGAACCAAUUACAAAAACGGUAGUAUUAUAACCGAGAUCUAUUAAUGGUAGGGGAAAAAAUAGUUCCUCUAACGGCAUGAGAAUGACAGAACUUGACAACUAAUUUUAUUUUUAUGGGAGUCCUUCUUGAAGAUUAACGUUAAAACAUAUACAUAAUAAACAAGGCAAGGUUCAUCAAGCCACCCCCACUAUGGACCCACUUGGGAGAACAGCCUUGCUAGAUGGCAUGGUCCAGUACUAUCUCUUCUUGGUUCAGCCUAACCUCUUAGACACACAGUCUGAUGAUCUACGUCUGAGACUGGCCAAGGUUGCCCCUCUCCUUGUGCAGUAUAUCUGGCAAGAGCAGCCAUUCAACCUCAAGUACCACACUGAGAAAGGCACAGUACUGGUUCUGACCUGGAUACAAAUGUUUUUUGAGGAUUGAAGGAUUUGUUAUACAAAUCAUUUUGAUGCUUUGACUGAAUUAAUGGUGAUCAUGUCUUGAUUGUACCUGCAAGGGGAGUUCCUGCACACUUUGGAGGCAGCGCUGUGUUUGGGGACAGUGUGGAGGAUGAGUGGUUCAUCUUAUACCUCCUGCUUCAGAUCACACAAGCCUUCCCAGAACUUGGUGCCAGGCUAGAGUACAAUAAUGGGGAGUUCCUUCUGAUUGAAGCAGCAGACUAUCUUCCCAAGUGGUUGAACCCAGAGAGCAGUGGAAACCGAGUGUUCCUCUACAGGGGUGAGCUGUACAUCCUGCCCUGACCUCCCGCUCUAGUGGAGUUGGCCUGCCCAUGAACGCAGUGCCCAGCGUGAACCAUACUCUGGUCCUGCUCUCGUCCCACACACAGGCCUGUCUGGCCUGCCCCAAGAUCCGCACUGCUCUAGGGAAAAGACUGGAGGGGGCCCCAGGUGAGGAGAUCCUUCAGCUGCUACAGAGCUGGGAUCCCUGCAACGUGGAAGAACUGAGGAAACGCGAGGCCCAUCUUCCCCCAGAGGACAGUGGGUGAGAGUUGGCUGGAUAUUUCAGCCCAGGAGCUAGAGCAUCUGUUGGAGCAUAGGUCGAGGAGUGGGGGUGGGUGGCUUAAGCCAAUCCACACCGAACAGACGCAGGGGGGGGGGAAGGGGUGAGGAGGAGGAGGGGGCAGCUACAGCCUGGUGGCUGUGACCCAAGGCAUAAAGAACUUCAUCAACGCCAUGUCUUCACAUGAGGGGGCCCAUCUACCCUGGUCCCAUUCAAAUGAGCCUUUCGGGUUUGAUCCAGACUCUAUGGCCAGUGCACUGGACAGACUACUGGGGGCUAAGGAUGAGGAGUUGGAUUCAGGUGACCUAGAUGAUGUCGAUGAGGCCGUGGAUGGUCCUACCGGACUGCGAGGGGAUGAAGGGGCAGAGGCUUCGGAAGGUCUUAGGAAGUACAUGGAUGAGAUGGACCAUGACCUUUUGGGCACCAGCAUGGGACAGAGCUUCAACCAGCAGGGCACCAAUAAAGCAGGCCCAGCAGCCAAUGGCUGCCCUCGUUCCCCCAGUGGGGAGGGUGUGCUGGGUGAGGAUGAGGAGAUCCAGCCCCUGGACAUAGACCUUAACAUGGUCACUAACCUCCUGGAGUCUCUGAGCUCCCGGGCUGGCCGGGCCGGCCUCUAACCUGCUGCAGAGUCUGGGCAUCCACCUGCCACCCAAUACUGACCGUUCAUGCUGAACACCUGCCCCUCAACUCUGACCAUUCAUUGAGAACUCUGACCGCUCAUUAUGCCCUAGCAAAGAAAAUCACCCAACACCUAGUUCUUACUGUCUGCGCAGCCUAGAUACACUGCCCUUUAAACUUUUUGCUCACAGAGUACACCAUGGACCACACCAGAAUCAAUAAUGUACAUCAGGACAGUGGUUUGACAACUGGAUCAUGUUUGCCAUUCUGAAUGCAGGAUCUAAAAGGUAACUGUAACCCUACAAAGUUGUGAUCCUAACGUAGAGGCACUUUCUCCCCUUUUGGAUAUUUGAAUCGGAUUGUCCUAAAUAUAACAUGUAGUUUCAAAUGUUUUUUGUUUGUUUUACAGCACUUAAAUCAUUACUUAGUCAAAUAAUAAAGUCGUACAGCACA